UUUCAGUAACACAGAAAUCGCGUAGGCUUUAUAAAAUGUGUGCAUCAUAUUAGCUAUAGAUCUCGUCGGUUGGUUAAGGUGCGCGCGGCGAUCGAGCCCGUUGAGCUGCUACUGGCUACAGCACUUAUACUUUAUCCCACAAGUGCUGUAUUGAAGAGAUCAGCAUGACGAGAAAACGCAGAAAUGCUGGACGUGCCAAAAAUGGCCGUGGGCAUGUCAACCCUGUGCGAUGCACUAACUGUGCCAGAUGCGUACCAAAGGAUAAAGCAAUCAAGAAAUUUGUGAUUCGCAAUAUGGUUGAAGCUGCAGCUGUACGUGAUAUCACUGAUGCUAGUGUAUACCAAUCUUACACUUUGCCAAAGCUUUAUGCAAAAUUGCACUACUGCGUGUCUUGUGCAAUUCACUCUAAAGUUGUUCGCAAUAGAUCAAAGAGCGACAGAAGAAUUAGGACUCCACCAGUGAGGAAUUUCCCAAGAGAUAUGCGUCAAGGACAGCAAAAUAGAAAGUAGUUGGCAUAAUUUUUUUAAAUAAAAAAUUAAAUAGAUCUUCA